GCAGCGGGAGCGCGCGCGCCGCCGGGAAGUUGGGAGCGCGCGCGCACGCGAGUCGGGGCCGCGAGCAGCCGCGGCCACCGGCGUCGCCUCUUUAAGCCGCGGCGGCCGGCGCUCGGGCUCAGCGCGUUCGGAGCAGCGGCCGCUGGGCCCUCAUCGCGUCGGCGGGGGCCGAGCCCGCUGGUGCGGGGGCCGCGGCGCGGCGGGAGGACCGUCUCCGGCAGCCGGGACGAGGCCGAGGGGGACCAUGUCCGGGAAACACUCCCGCCCCUCCACCAUCGACCGCGUCAUCAAAGCUGUGCCCUUUCCUCCAACUCAGCGGCUGACUUUGAAGGAAGUGUUUGAGAAUGGGAAACCUAAAAUUGAUGUUUUGAAAAACCAUUUGGUGAAGGAGGGGCGCUUGGAAGAGGAGGUGGCCUUAAAGAUUAUCAAUGAUGGAGCUGCCAUCCUGAGAGAGGAGAAUACGAUGAUAGAGGUGGACGCGCCGGUCACAGUGUGUGGUGACAUUCAUGGACAGUUCUUUGACCUGAUGAAGUUGUUUGAAGUCGGAGGGUCACCAAAUAACACACGCUACCUCUUCCUGGGCGACUACGUGGACAGGGGCUAUUUCAGUAUAGAGUGUGUGCUCUACUUAUGGAGUUUAAAGAUUAAUUAUCCCAAAACAUUGUUUCUGCUUCGAGGAAAUCAUGAAUGCAGGCAUCUAACAGAAUAUUUCACCUUCAAGCAAGAAUGUCGAAUCAAAUAUUCUGAAGAGGUGUAUGAUGCCUGUAUGGAAACGUUUGACUGCCUUCCUCUUGCUGCCCUCCUAAACCAGCAGUUUUUGUGUGUCCAUGGAGGAAUGUCGCCUGAAAUUACUUCUUUAGAUGAUAUUAGGAAUUUAGACAGGUUUAGAGAACCUCCAGCCUUUGGACCCGUGUGUGAUCUGCUCUGGUCUGACCCCUCAGAGGAUUAUGGCAACGAAAAGACCAUGGAACAUUAUACGCACAACACGGUCCGCGGGUGCUCUUAUUUCUACAGUUACCCUGCAGUUUGUGAAUUUUUGCAGAACAAUAGUUUGUUAUCAAUAAUCAGAGCCCACGAGGCCCAAGAUGCCGGGUAUCGAAUGUACAGGAAGAGCCAGACAACAGGCUUCCCGUCACUCAUCACGAUUUUCUCUGCUCCCAAUUACCUAGAUGUCUACAACAAUAAAGCUGCUGUGUUAAAGUACGAAAACAACGUCAUGAACAUCAGGCAGUUUAACUGUUCUCCGCACCCCUACUGGCUUCCCAACUUUAUGGAUGUUUUCACGUGGUCUUUGCCUUUUGUCGGGGAAAAAGUCACAGAGAUGCUGGUUAACAUUCUCAACAUAUGCUCUGAUGACGAAUUGAUUUCUGAUGAAGAAAAUGAAGGAGGCACUUCGGUUCGAAAGGAGGUCAUCAAGAAUAAAAUCAGAGCCAUUGGGAAGAUGGCCCGGGUGUUUUCAGUUCUUCGGGAAGAGAGCGAAAGCGUGCUGACUCUCAAGGGCCUCACUCCCUCUGGGACACUCCCUCUGGGCGUCCUCUCCGGAGGCAAGCAGACCAUUGAGACAGCCACAGUAGAAGCCGUAGAGGCCCAGGAAGCCAUCAGAGGGUUUUCACGUCUACACAGGAUCCGAAGUUUUGAAGAAGCUCGAGGUCUAGAUCGAAUCAAUGAGCGGAUGCCACCCCGAAAAGAUGGCCAGUACCCCGAUAGGCCGGGGAAACCGGGACAUCCAAACACUGCGUACAACAGCGAACCGGGCAAGAAAAGCCAGUGAUGUCCCAAGAGCCCCGUUGCCGAAGAAGUGGAGCUAAAACUGAUGAACAAAUCUAUUUAUUUAUUAUCGGGGAAACAAAACAACUUAAACCUGGAGGUGCAUUCAUAAUACACUCUGCAUUUAUUCAGAACCAUUUUAUAAAUUCUUUUAAUUUAUGUUCAAUAGAAAUGAAAAGUGCAUCCGUUUUGCUUUUCCUUCCCCCUCCCUAAUUUUUAGGAACUGAUUUAAUUGUCAAUACAUUUGUGAAGUGUUGUGCUAUGAAGGGGGCUUCCCCUAAUAAAAGGGCCUUGCAAGCAUU